AUGGAAAAUGGAAGCACAGUAACUAAUUUUAUUCUGGUAGCUUUGCCUCUUUCUUUUGUAAGUGAAAUCAUCUGCUUCUACCUCCUCUUCUUUAUUUACCUUAUCACUUUAGCAGGAAACUCUCUAAUUAUUGUCAUCAUUUGGAAAAGUCACAAUCUCCAUAUACCCAUGUACUUCUUUAUUGCCAACUUAUCAUUUUUAGAGAUAUGGUACACUACCACUGUAUUGCCAAAGCUUCUUGCUAUUUUGUCAUACGGAAAAAGAGAAAUCUCAUUCUGGGGUUGUCUCAUGCAGUGUUAUUUCUACUUCGUUUUGGGGUCUGUUGAGCUAUUGUUCCUUGCAGUCAUGUCCUUUGACAGAUAUAUGGCAAUAUGCUAUCCUUUGCGUUACACAAAUUUUAUGAACCCUAGAUUUUGCCUAGUGCUUGUUCUUGGCUCAUGGGUGGGUGGCUUUGGAGGCACCAUUAUGCAGACAAUACUAAUAAUUAAGCUACCUUUCUGUAAUGGUAAUCAUAUUGAUCAUUUUUAUUGUGAUGUGGAACCUCUUCUAAAACUUGCCUGCACAGAUAUCAGCUUUAUCAAGAGUAUUAAUUUGUCAUUAUCUUCGUUAAUUGUAUUGGGGUCUCUUGUUUGUAUAAUUGUGUCUUAUUCAUACAUAAUAACAGCCAUACAUAGACUUGCAUCAUCAGAAAGAAAAUGGAAGUGUUUCUCUACAUGCGCCUCUCACCUCAUUCUUGUGUUCAUAGUAUAUGGAAGUUCACUCUUCUUGUGUAUGAGAAGCGUCCGUGUCUCAUCAAUGAACUUAAGUCAACUGUCCACCGUGCUGACUGGAGUUGUGACACCUCUUUUGAACCCAUUUAUUUACACCUUAAGGAACAAGCAGGUGAAGGACGAGCUUAAGCAACUUGCAUAUUCAAUGUGUAUACAUAAAGCGAAUUCAUUAUAA